UGAUUUGUUUAAAUAAUAAUUAGAUGGCAGCACAAAGCUCUCUUAUAAAGUUGACUACAGCGCAAACUGUCAAAUGUGGAAGAAUAUAUUUGAUAUCAAUUUAAAUUUAAAUUUUGAUUAUAUUUUUUUUAAAAUAAAUUUAACUUUAAAAUUUUUUAAGAAAACAAUAAAUAAAUAAAAUAUGUGACAAAAUUAUAUAAUUUAAAUAAUUAAAAAUAAUUAAAAUAAAUUAUAAAUUACGGAACGAACAUAUUAAAAAAUCCAUGGUUGAAGUUUUAUUUGAUUUUAGUACAGUUGUUCUUGAAUCAUCACAAAAAUACAAAGCAUCAGAUAGGUCAAUGACAUAUAUGAUAAUAAUACAAUUUAGCUUGAGCAGACUGAUUCAUUUUAAUUUGUAAUUUGAAUCAAAAUGCCCGAGCAAAACUCAAGUGAUCAAUAUUCGACAUGGGUUGGUCUAAUAUAUAUUUUUAAUUUAAUUGUUGGAACAGGAGCUUUAACGUUACCUGCUGUUUUUAGUCGAGCAGGAUGGGCUCUUGGAUUAAGUGUUAUUUUAAUAUUAGCAUUUAUAAGUUUUAUCACAGUUACAUUUGUGAUUGAGGUAAUGGCAUCUGCUAAUGCUAUACUAGCAUGGCGACACAUUCAACAUAGAAAACGUGUAUGUUUUUCUCAAGAUUCAUCUUUCAACGAAUCAGAAUCUGAGGUACUUCAAACACUAGAUGAAUCAGGACCUUCAAAUUUAGAUUCUGAAGAUACUCCUCUUGUUACUCCAUUUUCAACUAGUCCUGAUUGUACAGAUAUGACAUAUCGAUAUUAUGUAAUACGUGAUAAAAUAGAAAUGGGACAGAUGGCAUCAAUUUUUUUUAAUAAGUUUGGCAUAACUCUAUUCUACUUGUGUUUUGCUAUAUAUCUUUAUGGAGAUCUAAGUAUAUAUGGAGCAGCAGUAGCAAAAACUUUAGCUGAUGUUAUUUGUACUUAUCAACCAACAAAUUUUACAUGUAAUGAUACAAUACCAGAUACUGAAAUCUGUUGGAAAGAAUUUACUCUAAAUCGAUCAGAUGCAUAUAGAAUAUUUCUUAGUAUAUUUAUAUUUUUGUUGGGUCCAUUUGUAUUCUUUAAUAUUCAAAAAACUAAAUAUCUUCAACUUUUAACUUCAGCUAUGAGAUCACUUGCAUUUACCAUCAUGAUUGCUUAUGCAUUAAAAAAUUUAUUUAUUCAUGGUCCACAAGGAAAUCCUCCAGCAGCAAAUAUUAUGGGUAUACCUAGUUUAUUUGGUGCUUGUAUCUAUUCUUUUAUGUGUCAUCAUUCUUUACCUGCAUUGGUUGCUCCAAUCGCAAAUAAGACCACUUUGACUCGAUUUUUGGCACUGGAUUAUUUAUUAAUAGCAUUUUUUUAUCUUUUACUGGCAUUAACUGGAGCAUUUGCUUUCGAACAUUUGGACGAUCUUUACACUUUAGAUUUUAGUCCUCAUGGAUCUGGAGAUUGUUCCAAAAGUAAUAAUAUUUUUAUUAUUCUUAUAGAAUAUUUUUUGGCACUUUUUCCAGUGUUUACAUUGAGUACAAGCUUUCCUAUUAUAGCUAUCACGCUUAGAAAUAAUUUACAAUCAUUAUUUCUUAAUGAAGAUACAUCAUAUUCAUGCCUUCGUAAAAUUGUCUUCCCAAUAUUAGCAAUAUUACCUCCAUAUAUGAUUGCUUUGAGUACUAAAGAUUUAUCAAUAUUAGUAGGAAUUACAGGAUCAUAUGCUGGAGCAGGAAUUCAAUAUUUGAUUCCAACAUUUUUAGUAUAUUAUGCCAGACAAAAGACCAAUAAAGUUAUAGGUCUUGGUGUUGUUAAUAAAUUUGCAAGUCCAUUUUCUAAUAAUUGUUGGCUCAUUUUUGUAAUAGUUUGGGCAAUUACUUGCAUGAUUUUAGUAUCAGUCAAUUUUAUUCAAAUUCAUUUUUAUUCUAUAAGCAUACAUUUACAGUAAAAAAAUUUAAGAUUUAGAUAUUUAAAUUAAAAAUGUAAAAAGAGAAAUUAAUAAUGGUGCAAAUUUGAAUUAUUCUUGAAAGUUGCAUAUCUAAAGUAAUAUCAUUAAAUCUAAAAUUGGAUUAUUUAUAAAACAUAUAGAAUGAAAAUUGUGAUAUUAAUGAUUUUAAGUUAAAAUCAUAAUUAAGAUACGAAAUUUUUAACAGUAACUCUAAUAAGAGCUUGCUAAUAAGUAAAAAAAAUCUUUUCAAAAAUUAAUAAAUAUUUAUUUAAACCAUGAAAUGAUUGAUUUUAGAAGAUAGUAUUUUUAAAUAGUUAUUGUUAUUGAUAGUAAGAUACUUUCAUUUUAUUUUUUGGCAUUAUUAUUAGAAAAUAAUUUUUUUCAUAUAAGAGAAUAUAAUAUUAAUAAUAAUAAUAAUGAUAAUGAUAUUAAUUAUAAUAAUAUAUCAUGACACAAUGUGUCACAAUAAAUUGACAAUACACUGGCACAAGUCAGGAUUAAUCUUAUACAAGCCAAAUGAAUUAAUUUAAGUUAUAAACUUUUAUAUAAUAUAUUCUUUAUCUUUUUUAUAUUUUUAUUCGAUAGAAAAUAUGUCUCAGUACAGUCUUUACUGUACAUAAAUGUCUUUCAAAUAAGUGAUAUUUAGUGGCCAAUUAAUAAUAUUUUGUCCACUAUUUAAACGGUAUGAAGAUGCAUCUAAAUCUGUAGACUUAUAUAAUUGUUAAUGAAUAUAUAUUCAAAAAUAUUAAAGGCCUAUUUUUAUUUAUUAUAUUAAAAAAAAUUCAUUCCUAGUAUGGUUUCUUGAAAAAGAAUUAGAUUAAAUAAUUAUUGUUAAUUAAAUUUGAUUUGUAUAUCACAGAACAUAUUUUUAUAUGGUAUAAAACUGCCAAAGUAUUCAUAAAAUGCCUCUUGUACCGUGUACCUGUACAAAUGUAAUAUAUAUAUAAAUACGUAAAAUAUGUAUACAUAUAUUUUCUAAAAGUAAAAGAAAAAAAUAAAGAAUUGAUUACAUAAGCUUA